AUGUCCAGUAGAAAAAAAACCCUUCUCAAAGUCAUCGUUCUUGGAGAUUCAGGGGUCGGAAAGACUUCGCUCAUGCAGCAGUUUGUCAAUGGUAAAUUCUCCCAUCAAUACAAGGCCACCAUCGGGGCGGACUUCCUUACUAAGGAAUUAAAUAUAGACGAUAAGAACGUCACCAUCCAACUAUGGGACACCGCCGGCCAAGAAAGAUUCCAAUCCCUUGGGGUGGCUUUCUACCGUGGCGCCGAUUGUUGUGUUUUGGUCUACGACGUCACCAACGCCAAGUCAUUUGAACAUUUGGGGUUCUGGAAAGACGAAUUCCUUAUCCAGGCCAACAUCAAGAACCCAAACUCUUUCCCAUUCGUGGUUUUGGGUAACAAGAUCGAUAUUGACGAAUCAAAGAGAACUGUCGCCAACAAGAAGGCCAUGCAAUGGUGUGAAGAAAAGGGCAACAUCCCGUAUUUUGAAACCAGUGCCAAAGAGGCUGUCAACAUUGACCAAGCUUUCGAUAUCGUUGCCAGAAACGCCUUCCAGCAAGAAUUGGAAAACGAGGCAGAAUUUAAUGAGGAUUAUUCAGACGCUAUAAAUAUCCAAUUGGAUGGUGACCAAGGAGGAUGUGCUUGUUAA